UUUCUGUUCGACAGACUUGAAAGCGUCGAGCGGCUGCGGCCACAGCACCACAAACAUCGUGAAUCAAUUUCUAGUUGUUUGAAAUCAAAAAGUGAAAAAGUUUGAAUUUCAUUUGGCAUCAAAAUGGCCCCCCUCAGCAAAAAGCAAAUGAAGAAAUGGUUGGCGGUGGCCGGUUUGAACAUCAUUCUUGGCGCAAUCGUCGCAAUUGUCCAGGUGGUCACUUUGGCUAAGCUUUACGAGUGGGUCGACUGGAUCUGCCUUGGCCUCUGGUGCGGAGUUUUCAUGAUAUCGGCCGGCACUCUCACCAUCCGAAGACAUUUCAGGUUGAUUGCCAGUACUGUUUGCGCCAUGCUGACUGGACUGGGAUUAAUCAUCUUCUACGCCUGGAACCUCGGCGUCUAUAAUAAUUUCAGUUACAGUUAUUAUGGCAAUGAUGGGUUCAACAUCACCACUGGUCCGGAGGCCUACUGCUACUAUUACGGUUAUAACGAUCAAUUAUGUGAUUGGCGGAUGGCGUCCGACAUUAUUUUCAUCGUUUGCGGGAGCUUGGCCUUGAUUGUCAACCUGCUCUUGACGAUGAACGCAGAGGCGAUUGUCAUUUUCCCUCCCGAUAUCCGUUACCCGGUCAACCACGUCAACGCCUACCCGAUGAGCACGACCAACACGACGUACGUGGUGACCAGCAACCAGCACCCAACCGCCUAUUACCCAACAGCCAACCAGCAGACCGUCUACCAGGUGCCGGUCGUGACUUAUCCAUUCAACAACACGAACAAUGGCGUCGUCUACCAGCAGACGUCGCCACCCGGCUAUCCACCCGUGAACAACCAACAGCAGCAGCCGGUGUACUACACUCAAAGCAAUCCGCCAGCUUACAGCGCCACCGCCAAUAACUAAAUAGAAACGACGAAUUUCAUUCUCUGUCGUGAUGACAGAGACAGUUCAUCAUGUUCCUGUUGUCCAUCACCACACGACUUACGUGACUCCCGAAUGCCACUUAUCCCAUCCCUCAUCAUACCCAUCAGCAACAGCGGUGAUGCCCGCCAGCUACCCUCAUCCUCAGCAGCAGCCAGCCCAUUAUCCGGUUUAUCCAUCCAAACACCAGAAUCAACCGGCCCGCAACCGGCUUACAAUCCAGGAUAUCCGGCGCCUGGAGCACCUCCUUAUUACAAGGAUUAGCAUAUUAUGAUAUUAUUGUGAAAAGAUUUGUUUCUUAUACAAAUGCUCCUUGUCCUGUAUCAUAGGCCUACUUUUUAAAAUAACUCUAAAUAAUUAAAAUAUUCAAAUUCGA